AUGGAGCGCCGCGCUGCCGUCACCCUGCACACCUCUGUCACAGCCAUCUGUAAACAUCCGCCAGGAGAGGGAGGGGAGGGCAGAGGUGAGCGCCGUCAGAUGGAGGCGGAUCAGAAACUUCCAUUUAUUUUGAAAGUGAAAUCCCAGAACAGCCCAGAUGUUCGGCUCCCGGACCUCCUCCUGUCCUCAUACUGGUUUUACUGCAACAUGAUGACCGGACAGAGACGCACACGACAUCGCUGA